ACACUCGUAGUAAAAAGUAAUGCACGUCUUCCUCCUCCGGGUUUCUGGAAACAUCAAUUCACUCCUGCUGAAACUCCCCUGAAACGAAGCGAGCCGGAGGACAGAGGCGAUGGGAUUUUAAGCGAAAGACAUGCAGACAUUCUUCUAGUCGCAUUAUUCCUCUCGUCGGUGUGUGUGUGUGUGUGUGUGUGUGUGUGUUGUGGAACAAGUUUUGCACCCGUUGCUCUGGAUGCUGAGAUGCGCAGAAAGUGACAGGGGUCCUCAUCUCUUCUACAACCCUCGACGAUUUAGAAAGCGCCAUGAAAGACGACUUUGCGGACGAGGAGGAAGUGCAGUCUUUCGGAUACAAGCGGUUCGGGAUCCAGGAGGGCACCCAGUGCACUAAGUGCAAGAAGGAAUGGGCGCUGAAGACCUCCAUAGCUCUGCUCUACGUGCUGUGCACUCUGCUCACCAUCGCCGUCGCUGUGCUCGGGUACAAAGUCGUGCAAAGGGUUGACAACGUGUCCGAAGGUAUCGCAAACUACGGAGGGAAGAUAAUUGCUGUGGAGACAGAUUUGAAAAAGCUCGAUGAUCGAGCGGGGGAGAAGUCGGAGAAUACCACCACAGAGAUCCAGGCUUUCAAGAGCAACAUCUGGGCUCUCCAGAGGCAGCUGUCUGCGGUGGAGGAACGCAUCCACCGAGAUCAGGUUAAGCUGACUCAGCUGCAGACCACCGACUCAGACAUCCAGAACAGCCAGGGCUCCGUUCGGGGACUCCUGGAAAGCAACACGGCCGGCCUGCACGCGGUAAACGGCACCCUGCAGUCUUACGGCGCCAUGGUCGGCGGUCUGCAGCAGGAGACGGCCUGGCUGCAAAAAGAACUCCAGCAGCAGGUGAAACUUCAGGACCGGGCGCUGCUCAGCAUCAGCAGCCUCAACUUCACGCAGGCCCAGCAGAGAGGCCUCAUCGCCGUCCUGCAGCGCUCGGUGGACGACACCACGCAGGCCAUCCAGAAGAUGCGCAACGACUUCCAGGGCCUGGAGCAGACGGCCCGACAGACGCGGUCCGACGCCGAGUGGCUCCGCAGCAAGGUGGAGAACCUGCAGGUCAUGGCCAGCAACGCCUCAACCCUCGCAAAGGCCAACAACGACAGCCUGGAGGAGGUGGGGUCGCAGCUCGCCUUUGUGGCCAACCAGCUCCAGAACACCAGCAGCCUGGCGGAUGCCCAGGACCAGAGGCUGAGGGAGAUCCUGGACGGGCAGAGGGACUUCGACAACCUCACAUCUGUCAGGUUUGAGCGGCUGGAGGCGCGGCUGGACGGUUUGGAGCAGAGCGUGGACCGGGUCACCGGCAACAUCAGCUUCACCACGCAGCUCCUGGGCGCCAUCAACCUCAACCUGAACGACCUGCGCACUUGUUCCGAGACCGUCGGGCGUCACUCUGAUUUCUUGGUGAACCUGAACGGCAGUGUGACGGACAUGAGGACAGACGCAGGGAGCCUGAGGUCCCAGCAGGAGGAGCUGGCCGCACGUGUGGACAAGGAGGUCACCAGCCUCUCCAUUGUCAUGGAGGAGAUGAAGCUGGUGGACACCAAGCACUCGCAGCUAAUAACCAACUUUACCAUUUUACAGGGUCCCCCUGGUCCAAGAGGACCAAGAGGGGACAAGGGACCCCAGGGACCAUCUGGUGGGCCGGGCCAGAAGGGAGAGAAAGGGGAGAAGGGUGGUCCGGGGAUACGGGGCCCCAGAGGAGAGCAGGGUUUCCCUGGAGCACCGGGUCUGCCGGGGUUAAAAGGAAUUCCUGGCCUGCCCGGUGGCCCCGGAUCGAAGGGCUCCCGAGGAUCGGGGGGAAGGGCCGGACCCUCCGGGGCCAAAGGAGAGCCCGGCACUGCCGGUCUGCCCGGAAGAGACGGGCAGCCUGGGCCUCAGGGGGCACAGGGCCCACCGGGGAUCAGAGGCGCAAUGGGGUCAGCUGGCGAGCAGGGGCCGAGGGGACUGCCGGGACCGAUGGGGGCGCCGGGGCCAGCGGGAUCACCGGGACAACCCGGGCUCCCCAUCCAGGCUCCAGUGCUUGAUGUUGUUCCUGUGUCUCUGCAGGAUGAAGCGGCGGCUCCCUCACUUUGGGCCCCAGGAUGCCCCGUGGAUUGGGUCAACUACAAAGACAACUGCUACUUCUUCUCCAAAGACAUGCGGAGCUUUGACGACGCACAGACCAGCUGUAAAUCCACGGCUGCCUCGCUGUUGGCCAUCAACGACUUGGAGGAGCUGACAUGGCUGAAGCAGCAGACCGUAGGGAGGGGAUACUUCUGGAUGGGUCUGACCGACAAGGAGGAGGAGAACGUCUGGCGUUGGCUGGACGGCAGCGAACCGGCUUUCACGAAGUGGAAGCCCGGUCAGCCGGACGACUGGGGCCACGGCCACGAGAUGGGGGAAGACUGCGCGGGACUCGUCCACGGAGGGCUGUGGAAUGAUUUCUUCUGUGAAGAUCAAAUAAGCUACAUCUGUGAGAAGGAAAUGGAGACCACGAGGCUGCUUGGAUCGUAGCGAUGUCCAGAGGAACCGAGCUUGCAGUGACCAGCUAGACCCCCCCCCCCGCCUUCCUCAUUUCAAGUGAAACCAGUCCAACAUUACCAGCAAGUGCAAUACAGCAGGGCAAUCACAGAGGGAGGGCUUUUAUUUUUCUAACUACCGAAUCACCAAUUCAUUUAUAUAUGUAUAUAGAUAUAUAUUCAUAUUUGCCUGGUAAUACAUUUUGAAAUACAUUUUAUACAACUGUACUCCACGUGCAACUGAAUAUCCGAAUGUAUAUUUCAUUAUGCGAGUUUUGUCGUAAAUGAUGAAUUCUAUGGAGCCGAGUGGACUUACCGUAGUGCUUUUCUUAACUAAUUGUCUUAAAAUAAAAUGGUGCAAAAUGUUGCUGAUAUGCUGUUAUCUAACCUCGUGAAUGUUUAUCUAUCAUUUUCUUUAUAUGAGUAGAAACAAAUGAAAUAUUUACACAUUAAUGCAGAAAAAAGUCACAAUCAGCUUGAGUUUUAGUUCAAGGCAGCACGUUUACAAUUUUAUACUCUACGUAUGAUACAGUAUGUUGUUAUGAGAUUUAUUUUUCACUAUUACAGAACUACAUCAGUUUAUGAAUAUCAAUCUGUGGAUUUUUUUUCUACGAAUAUAAAAUGUGCCAUUUUCUGCACUCAGGUACUGUUUCCUGUGAAGAAAAACACUUGAGUUUAAACCACACUACGAAUGAAGGAAACACUCACAAAUAAACACGUGAAAACACAGAAAAUGUUUGCAUCUGUUGUUAUUUCCACAUUGUUAUGCGGAAUCCCGAUGAACACACCUGGUACCGCGUGGCUCACCCGUCUGCAGGAGUGUGAAGGUCAUCACAAAACUCUCCACAGUAUUUUUAGAGUAUAUUUUGAGUUUUAUUGAUUUUUGCACAAAAAAAGUAAUUUUCACAUUUGUAUUCCUUUACUCUUGAAAUAUAAUUUUUCUAGAGAUUUUUGUGACUUUUUUUUUAACUGUUUUUCUCCUCACGGACCCAUCUUAUAGACAAGUGAUUCUUCAGUAACCAUGGACUAUGCAACAUUUCCUCUCAAUCCUUCCACGUCCUGUUUGCUGCUGCUUCAGUCAACAAACUCCUUCACAGUCUCCUUCAGCUGCACAGAAGAAUGAGAUGAUCUCAAAACAGCACCUUUUGUUGGAGGGAACCCCCACUACGCCCCCACUACGCCCCCACCCCCCCUCC